AUGGCUGGCCCAGAGUGUCUUCCCUUUAAGACAGUUGAAGAUGUACUAGAGUUUAAACCAGAGAACUAUAAACUCUUUGCUGCAACAGAAACUUUAGUCAGAAGAAUUCCAAUUGCUAAAGAUGCUCCAAAAACAAUACUUUGUCAUGAUAUGAGAGGAGGAUAUUUACAAGAUCGAUUUGUUCAGGGAUGUUUUGAUGCAGACAGCUACAGGUUCUACCAUUGGCAGUAUAUAGAUGCUUUCAUCUACUUCAGUCAUAACCUUGUCACCGUGCCACCACCAGGCUGGACAAACACUGCACACAGACAUGGUGUCCAGAUGAUGGGCACACUGAUCACUGAAUGGGAUGAUGGGAAAAAGCGCUGUCAUCAAAUCAUUGAAUCUGAUGACAGCUACAAGGCAUUUGCAGACAAACUAGUGGCAAUCACACAGCACUAUGGCAUGGAUGGCUGGCUGGUUAACAUUGAAAAUGUGGUGGAGCCUGACAAAGUGCAGCGACUGUGUGACUUUGUGGCGUACCUCACAAAGUCUCUCCAUGAGGCGAUUCCUGGGUCGCAGGUGAUUUGGUAUGACAGUGUAAUAAAUACAGGAGGACUUAGAUGGCAGGACGAACUAAACGAAAAAAAUUGCAUGUUUUUUGAUGUAUGUGAUGGGAUUUUCUUGAACUAUAACUGGAAAGAUAAGAGUCUGAGAUGCUCUAAAGAGCUGGCAAAUUCUAAAGGUAGGGCGAUGGAUGUAUAUGUGGGAGUAGAUGUGUUCGGACGAGGCUGUCUCGGAGGGGGAGGAUUCAACACUGUUGAGGCAUUGACUGCGAUAAGACAACAUAACAUGUCAGCUGCUAUCUUUGCCAUGGGAUGGGUAUAUGAAACUCAAGGAGAGGCAAACUUCCUACAGAAUGAAAACAGGUUCUGGCGACUUCUGCACCACUUGCUUCCUGUGAGGGCGCUGGCCUCCAGUCAUCUUCCCUUCUCCACCUCCUUCUGUCAGGGCUUUGGUCAAAAGUACUACUCUCAGGGACUGGAGGUCAGUGCUGCUCCCUGGCACAACUUGGGCCUACAGGAACCUCAGCCCUCGCUCACUAAUGCUCAGUUUGAAGGGGUGACUCCAUCAACCUGCAGUAUGGAUCUGGUUACAGGUGCAGCAUUACUAGGAGGCAGCUCUCUCCAGCUCCGAGCCAACCCUCUACCAAAGGACGGGUCACCUGUUAUUUACAAGUUAUUCUGUGUGGAGUUUGAGAUAAAAGAACCAGUGGUGAUAUCCUACUCCUUUAAGAAUGAAGAAGUUGGACUUGACAUCUUCUUACAGUGUGAGGUCUCGUGUGGCAACCAAACCAAGAAAUUGUUUUUCAAGGGGGACAACUCUGACAAGACACCAGAUACUGAUAGUUCAACAGUUGUGUUUAAUUCAACAUCAGCCACCAACUUUGUAACCAGUUAUCCCUUGCUAAAGAAGGCAGUGGUCAGCACAGCAAGUGACCAGUGGACAACAAGGUAUUAUAGGGUGAACCCAAGUGACCUAGGAGAAUUCACUCUGACAUCUGUUAAUGCCGGUUUGUUCUAUCCAACACCACCAGAUCAACAACCAGAAGCCCAGACUGUACAGCUGGGUCAGAUUCAGAUCAUACCCGAGUGUUUUUUGGACACUGAUAUCACAGUCACUGACCUAUGUGUUUUGAAAAGUGAUGAAGAUGGUGUGACCAAGACACUAAUGUGGAAAUGCUCCAACAUAUCAGCAGUAAAGUACUUCAACCUAUACAGCAUGAAGGAAGGUCAUCAGCUUUUAGGACAUAGCAAUUGUUCAACUUAUGUGAUAGCCAACUCCAAGUCUGCUACAACUGAUCAAGGGGACACAACUCAUCCAGCUGCAGUGAUUGUACAGCCUGUCCUUAAACUAGGGUUUGCCCUUCCACUGUCAGCAUGCCCAAGUGUAGAGCUGUAGCUUGUCUGUGAUAAGACGUGAACAUAUUGAGGGUACAGGGAAAUCUAUUUAUAUCUGAAAUUUGACCUAUUAAUGUUUAUGUCCAAACAACAGGCAGCAAUACCAUGACAUUGGGCUUGUUAUAAUGUAUUCACUCAGGAUUUUUUCGUCCGACAACCACCAUGUUUUGAGCAUAUAAGAUACACUGGAAAAUGUAUAAGAAUUAUUCUAUAAAUCUUGUGGAAGAUUUCUUACAUCUAAAUAUUUAACUAUACAUCCA